UGCAGUGAAAACGAUUUUGAAAUAACGUCGGGUUCGGUUUCCGAAAUAUAUAAAAUGGACCUGGAUGCUAGCCCCGAUCAUCAUGGAGGGCCAAGAAGUGGGAGAUACAUGGUGAAACGAAGAGUAAACAGAGAGCACAACACCAACUUCAAUGCCGGCUACAUCAACAUCGAUGAGCAGUAUCUCCACAGAACGGGGGUCAGAGGUCGCAGGGCUUAUCUUCUGUAUUGCCUAGUCGUCAUACUCAUUGUGUUGGCACUGCUCAAUAUUCUGAUGACAGCAGGGAUUCUAUACAUGCUGAAAGUGACCACAGCAGGAUUGGAGAUGUUGGAGUUUAUCCCUGCAGACAGUAAUUUACUACGAUUCCUAGCAGGCACCACUCUGCCUUCGGUGAAAGUGUUUCAAGGAGGAGUUGGCAGCAGGCACUCCUCAUCAAUACAGCUUGAUUCUGAUAAACAGAUUGUAUUUAAUACAUCAUCUAUCAAGAAAAAGGAUGUUGAAGGUUUAAUUGGACCAAAUAAGAUUCAGUUUCAGUCUUUGGAUGAAUUUAUUCUAGAAGAUUUGGAGUCAAAAUCAACAUUGUUCUCAACCAAAUCACAAACAUGGACCAAUGUUCAAAAUCCGGGUAUAAACCUCCACGUUCCAUCCCUCACUACGGCUCACAUACAAAGUAAAACUGGAGUGGAAAGACUUGUGAUGGAAGCAGACAAAAUGUACCUGACAGGAUUUGAGGGAGUAGUGAUGACAUCAGAGAGGGAGUAUUUCCAUGCUGAUCUAGGUCGGCAUCUUUAUAUACAGUCCAAGGAUGGAGAUAUCAAUAUUGAAGCAACAAACCAUACGUUCAUCAACAAGAAUAUCCCAAAUAGCAGUCAGUUUUCACCAGUGACCAACAUCACAGUAUAUAAAGUGUGCCUCUGUAUACCAAGCGUGUCCCUUCACAAAUUAAAAACUAAUCUGAAUGAAAUAGGAGAUAUUGUGGAGGCUGACCAAGAUGAUUUGGACUUUCUGAAGAAUUUCUUAAAUAACCCAGCAUUAAAAAGCAUAUUACAGACCAAAGAUACACUAGAAGAUGACAAUCCUCUAGAGCCAGUGACAGAGGAGAGUGCAGGAAAGCUGGCGUCUGAUGCAGUGAACGCCCUCGGGCCCUCAUUGGAUGACAAUGAACAGGCUCAGGAACUGGAGGACAUCUUGUCCAAUCCUCAUAUUGGGGCAUUACUGAGGGCACACGAUGACGUUGCUGACCGUAACUAUGGGGAUGAAACUGAGGAAGACUCCCAGCUGUUCUCUCCCCCACCCCCACUUUCCAUGUUCAGUAACAUGCCUGACCAGGUUCGACUUGUUGGCAUUAGAAGGGAGAAAAAUGCUCCACUGGGAAUAACAGUGAAGAUAGAUGAGAGAGCAGAGUUGGUAAUUGCCCGUAUCUUAUCAGGCAGCCAGAUUGAUAAACAAGGACUUUUGCAUGUGGGAGAUGUGAUAAAAGAGGUGAAUGGAAUCCCUGUGUCGACCCCUGAACAGCUGAUGGACAUCAUACGCAGCACUGACCAAGGAAUCACCCUCAAGAUUGUCCAGAACUUCGCCGAACACCAACCCCAAGCCCAGAAAUAUGUGAAGGCACAUUUUAACUAUGAUCCUCAAAGAGACCGUCUGAUACCUUGUAAAGACGCUGGUCUGCCCUUCAAAGAUGGAGACAUACUGCACAUCAUGAGCACUGAGGAUCCAAACUGGUGGCAGGCAAAGAUAGUGAAUGAGGAAGGUGAUGGACCCACCGGACUAAUCCCCGCUCAGCAGCUAGAGGAGAAACGUCAGGCAUAUGUCCAGCCUGAUUAUGAUUAUUCCAAAAGCAGUCUUUUCUGUGGAUUAAAGAAGAGGAAGAAGAGAACGAUUAAAUAUACAACAAGGAACCACAAAGAUUUUGAUAAGUGUAACAUUACAAUAUAUGAGGAGGUAACAAGGAUGCCACCUUUCCAGCGCAAAACCCUGGUCCUAGUGGGAGCUAACCAUGUGGGCAGAAGGUCCAUGAAGGAACGAUUAAUCCGGGACGACCCGAGGAGAUUUGGUGCUGUCAUGCCUCAUACUUCAAGAACCCCGCGUCAAGGCGAGGAACAUGGAAAGGGUUACUUUUUUGAUACCCGUGAAAACAUGGAGGCAGACAUUAAGGCUGGGAAAUAUUUGGAGUUUGGAGAAUUUAAUGGAAACCUUUAUGGAACAAAGCUUGAAUCCAUUCACUACACUGUUCAGCAGGGAAAGAUGUGUGUCCUGGAUGUAAACCCAACAUCACUUAAAGUCUUAAAGAAUGCUGAGUACAUGCCUUACAUAGUUUUUUUGGCUGCCCCCAGUGCAGAUGUCCAGAGAAUUAUGUGGGAGGAGGGAAGGAGGAAAGGUGUGGCCGGAAAAAAAGGGCAUGGAACAGUUGAAAUGAGAAGUGAAAAAGACUUUUUGAGAACAGUGGAAGAAAGUGCCCAAAUAGAGCGUGUGUACAAACAGUACUUUGACUUGACUUUGGUGAAUGAUGAUUUUGAGGAGACCUACCGGGAACUUAAGAAGGCCUUGUCAGACCUCAGUGCAGCCACUCAGUGGGUGCCUGUGGAUUGGGUGUAUUGAAAUUAUUGUUCUGCCAUAAUACCUUCAUCUAACACCCAUCAUUUUCUAUGCAGAGUUUCAUUACAAUAUCAUUAGGAAGUAUAGUUUGUCCACGUCUACUUAUUAUCCUGAAAUCCGCCACUGCUAGGAAGGGUCAUUGCUAGGAAGGGUAUGUGCACACUUUGAGAUGAAUAGAGCUAAAAUUGUUGAGCACAGCUGCACUAAAUCUAAAGCACGAAGACUAAAACUAUGACAAAUGUUCUAAGUUAAACGAUGAAAUCAAGUUUAGACACCUUCUUGCAACUUUACAUGUACUGGCACUAGAAUCAAAAGGUUUUUUAUUGCCAGAAAAGUGUUUUGUUAUCAGGAGUUCUGAUUUUACUCAAUGAAUUUGAUUAAUUGGAUUUGGAACAAGAUUAAUGUAACCCAGUUUGUAUGAAUCAUAUUUCAGAGGUUGUAUUAGCAGAAUUGAUUGUAAAAUUAACACAGAAUACAGAACAGAAUAUUUUGUGAACAUGUAUGUAUAUUUUUUCGGAUGUGCUAUUUUUGUUGAUGAAAUUUAUAUCCAUAUACAUCAUACCAUGUACAUUUAUUUGCAUUGUAUAUUUAUAAUUUCUACAAAUGUUAUUUCAUUUAUUACUAGGGUAUUUUAAUUUGUAUAACCAAUUUUGCAUGCAGUAGAGUUUUCUUAUGGAAAAGAUUCUGGUUGUGAGUCUUAAGAUUGUGUUUUUAACGUAACACUUGUAUAGUUUGAAGGUUGUAACCACCCAUUAUACAAUUUUUCAUGUUGAUUGCUUAGAACACAGCUUGGUUACUAAAUCUGCAUUUAUGAAUUUUAUGAAAAAAAUCCACAGGAUGAAUUUAAGGUACUGAGAAAUUUGUAUGCAACUUCACUGUAAGACUUACAGAAUCUCAUACUCAAAUAAUCACCACAGUGACCUGGUCGUCUUGCUUUGUGAGUCCCUAUCAUUCAUAUCAAUUUAAAACAUUUACAGAGGUUUCAAAAGAAGAGUGUUGGUGCCUUGAAUUCACACUUACAAUAUUCAAUGCAAAUUUUAUAUAUAUAAAAAAAAAACCUGCUAUGAAAUUCAUUCCAUGUAAUUGUAUGCAGUAGUGGUUAGUGCAAAAUCGGGAACAAUGGUGUCAGGUGAUAGUUUUAUUUAUUGUAGAGUCAAGUGACCAAUAUUUUCAGGGUUUAACUUUAAGAUGCAGAUUUCUUCCAUUCCUUUUUUUCCCUGGAAAGAAAGACAAUUUGAUAUUUUAUUGAAUCAUGUCUUACAUUCCUUUGAAAUUUCUGAAGAUUUUGUAUGAACUUUUUUAAAAGUUGUCAUUUAUACCACACAAACACAUUCCAUACAUGGAGGACACAUUCAGUAAGAAUUUACAGCUGUGUACAAUCCUUAAUCUUGAAAAAAAAAUGUUGGCAGUGCAUAUUUUAUAUGAUGUGCAAUGUUCUACAGCAUUCAAUUUAUUGUUUACAAUAGUGAUUAUUUUAUUAUAAUAAAUACUGGAAAUGUA